ACCCUGGAGUGUACUCCCCCUUUGUGCAGAUUUUCUCUUCAUGCUUGAAGAAAAUGGAUACAAUGGAUUACUCCAUUGAUGGAAUCUUGACCACCAGCUAUGACUAUCUUGAUGAAAUAUGCAACAAAACAAGCAUCAUGGACUUUGGAGCGAUCUUCACUCCAGUGUUUUUUUCCAUUGUGGUGAUCCUCAGUGUCUUUGGCAACAUCCUGGUCCUGGUGAUCCUGGUUAAGUAUGAGAAUCUGAAAUCCCUCACCAACACAUUCAUCCUGAACCUGGCUAUAUCAGACCUCUUCUUCACAGCAGGACUGCCCUUCUGGGCCUACUACAACAUGCAUGGAUGGACUUUAGGGGAGUCUGCAUGCAAAAUAGUCAAUUUUAUCUUCUGCCUUGGCUUCUACAGCAGUGGUAUCCUCCUCAUCCUGAUGACUGCCCACCGCUAUGUAGCUGUUAUGAAUCCUCUGUCUGACAUUGUGUCCACCACAGGUUUUUACAGUACUGUAGCAUCUGUGAUCAUUUGGGUAAUUAGUAUCCUGGUUUCAAGUCUAGCUUUCGCUUUCACCAAAGUUGCAGAGUCAAACUACUGUGUAUAUACAGAUUCUUACUGGAGCUUGUGGGGUAUCUACCAGCAAAACAUCCUCUUUAUAAUGACCUCAGUGGUAUUCAUGUUUUGCUACACUCAUAUCCUGUGCAGGUUACUUCAUCCUGUGCAAAGAAGAAGAAACAAAACUCUGAAACUCAUUUUUAUUCUCAUGGUUGUUUUCCUUGUAGGAUGGGUACCUUACAAUGUGGUGAUAUUUCUGCAGUCAUUUUCUUACUGGUCCAGCGAAAGUGAUGCAAUACAGGAAGAGUGUGAAAAAAGCAUAAGACUGGAUUAUGCCUUCGAGAUUAGCCGGCUUUUUGCUUUUUCACAGUGCUGUCUCAACCCUGUGUUUUAUGUGUUUGUGGGGGUUAAAUUCAAAAGCCACUUGAAGAAAAUGCUGAAGAGCUUGGGCCUAAACAAAAACAGCAACAACAACAGUUUUCGCAAUAGGCAUAGCCGGCAUACAAUCACAUCAGUAACAAGUGGGGAAGACUUGUCCAUGGCGCCUUGAUAAAGUGAAAACCGGAAGAAAGAGCCUAAUUCAUUAAUACAGUUGAUUCUCCAAAUUUCUAAAAGGCAUUCAUUGUUCUUUUGAAUCUGGUUUCAUUUGGGAAUUAACUGCCAACAUAAUUUCCCAAAACAAUUAUCCCCAAUGUUACUCUUGUAGUCUGCAAUUGGAAUAGCCAACAUUAACUUCUGUAUUAUCUAUUUGGAGCAUUCUUGGAGGUAGAAAUUGGCAGGAAAGAGGGUAAAGGAGCAGGAAAGUCAUAUGUAGAAAACAUCUAGUUAGCAGUGAGUAAGGGUGUAUAAAGUAUACAUCCCAUCGAUUUGCCCAUCAGGUGAGUAUAGUCUCUGCAGAGCACAGUCAACCAACAAGCCAACCAGUUUGGGAAAAAUAAAUUAUGCUGGCCUUAAUCCUAAACCGUAACAUAACCUAAUGGUUGUGGAAAAAAACACUCUUAAAACACUCUCCUCUCUCGUUCUUCAGACCUCGACAUGUAUCAGGUCAUCCUGCUCACAUUUGUCAACAACCCAGAUGCAACUAAACAAGAAAUAUUUUAAAGUGUGUGAAAUGAAUAUAGUGUCAUCAGUGAGCAUUUUUAGUCUUAGUUCUCAGCGGGUCAGAUUUUGGAGGCUUUUUAACAUCCAUUUUCUGGACCUUUUUUUACUUUGUGUUUUGCAAUCAAACAUUACUGAUUAUUACUGAUUACUGUUGAUCAGGUUGCUUAUUGCUUGGCAUUAAUCAUUCAGUUUAACAUGUAUAUACGAACAUUUGCAAGAUGCAAGAUGCAAAACAUACUGAGGAACAUAGUAAAACUACACCAGUUAAACAUAUCAUAUGAUUAGCAUUAAUAUUAAGGGACUUAACUGAUACUUAUAAAGCUGCAUCAUUGUCAAACUACAAUUGCUUCCUUAAUAUCUUCAGCCCUCAGUAAUGAAAGCAUGCAGACAUGUUCAACAGGUUUAGUCAUUCAGCCCAAACACCAGAGAGGAAUUUGAUAGAAUAGCUGGUUUGACUAUCUCAGAAACAUUCGAUCUCCUGGGAUUAACACACAUCAGCUUUAGAGUUUAAAGAUAAUGGUGUAAUAAACAAGCAAGAAUUAAAGUGACUGGAAGCUACUAAUAUUAAUGUUAAUUCAAAGCCUGAAGAGUUUAUUAUUCAGAUGGUGGGAACACAGAAAAUUCAGGCUGUUCUGGGGUCAGUGUGGAGUCACACCAGCUACUGGAAAGGCAAAGCUGAGAAAAAAAAAGGAGAAUAAUAAGCAUGAGGCUUCUGUAGUGAUGUGUAAUAUCCUGUUUCAUCACACUUUCUUCAUGUACUUAUCUGUGGUUACUGGACAUUCUUCUGUACAUUAAAGAGCUUUUCAUUGCUGUACUACUGUAACAAUUUCAAAAGUAUGUUGAGCUACUGGUUAUACUGUAUAUGCUCUUAGAGAUAAUUCAGAACUCUACAUCACUUUGAUUAUUUGUGCUUUAUUUUAUGUUAUCUUAUCAAUGAGUUUUGUAAACUUUUUUAAUGUGUCCAGAUUUCAGCAGUAAAUGAUGCCUUUCCAGCACAAUAUUUUCACAUUUUAAUAUCAGCAUCAUCAUCAUGAAUUUUUAUACUUCACAAAAGAAGAACUUGCAUUUUUGUGUCUGUUUUGAUUAGACAGUCAAAUACCAAUGAAAACAUGACAUA